GUUUCACUUGCCUACAACACCAAUUCCGCGUACACGCAUCAUGGCUCUCUUGAAGGUCCUGUUCCUGCUUGCUGCUGCCCUGAGCAACCAUGUCGCAUUCACCACUUCAUCGUCGCCGCCACCGUCAGAGGACGGCAAUGCGAAGCAUGUGACACACAUUGAUCGCAUAUCCCUGAGUAUGGUGAGACGGCUAUUCGAGAUGAACAAGUUCAUAGGGUGGUGCGCGGCCGCGUGCGAAAUCAUCCUAAUCAUUGCGGCAGAAUAUCCCUCGACGACCUUCGGCAAGUUCGUAUCGACCCAUCCAGAGACGAUGACGACCUCAUCGGGCAAGCUGGCCAUCAACCAGGUGUUCCUCAUCGGCUUCGCCCUCAGCAUCCUCGGCGUGUGCAUCCGGAUGGAAUGUCUGCAUGUUUAUUGCCGUCACUUCAUGUCAGAAGUGACGAUCAGGACCAAUGGCAAACACAGGCUGUGCAAGAACGGUCCAUAUGCCGUCGUGCGGCACCCGAGUUACGUCGGCCUGUGCAUGAACAUCACCGGCCUCGUCUUUUGGCUCGGCAGCGCGGGCUCGUUGGUUAUGGAAUCGAAGUUGUUCGAGAGCGCUGUUGGGCGGACGCUCGCCUGCUUGUUUCCGGCGGGGCAGAUGCUCGCAGUAGGGGUCUUGCUGAGGAAAGCGCUGAAGGAAGAAGAGUUAUUCAGUGCGGAUUUCCCGGAAGAGUGGGAGGAGUGGGCGAAGAGGAUCCCUGACCGAUUCAUUCCUGGUCUCAUUUAGCACAUAGGCCGUAAGUAAAGUAUGACUCGAGAGUGGAACCAUUUACUGUAUGUGCAUUAGUAUGCCAAAGAGCGUAGAUAUGAAGUUCAGGAGGUCCUGUCAUGUUCCAAGUGGUUGUCGUUCUAAGAUUCCAUGCAGAGACGAUCGAGCACCACUCCCACAGGUGGGCGAGCGUCCCGCUCUUGUUUCCAACACUCUUCCAUCAAAAUCCAAAUCGAGUCUUUGAACGGGCCCCGUGAGCCGGUAAUGCCGACAGGACGCUUAGGCCGCUCCCCUCUGAAGACUCUUGAUAUGACGUUUG